GCUUUACAGUCCGUCGACGUCUCUCGAUAAAGCAGGCGCUGUUCUUCCUCACCUUUUCCGUCACUGUGGCUCUGGUUUCAGUUCUGAGGUAGAAUAACAAGCAGGAGGGGAGGAGUCCAAGGCCCGGGCCGACUCCUCCUUCUCCAGCCCCAGGAAAUAUUGCCGCCUGCCCCGGAAGACCCGGGUCAAAAUAUGAGCUUGUCCGAUCUGGCGCCGUGAAUACCAUACCGAGACGUCCCUCUUCCGAGGGGGGGGGUUGUCAUAAAAGACCGUUGCCUGUCGUCCCUCACCCCCAAAGACUUCAUUGCCUGCUGCCGCCGCCGCCGCCGCCAUCAUGGGGAAGUCAUUCGCCAACUUUAUGUGCAAGAAGGACUUUCAUCCCGCCUCGAAAUCCAAUAUCAAAAAGGUAUGGAUGGCAGAACAGAAAAUAUCUUAUGACAAAAAGAAACAAGAAGAGUUAAUGCAGCAGUACGUUAAAGAGCAGGAAUCUUAUGAUAACAGAUUACUUAUGGGUGAUGAGCGUGUGAAGAAUGGUCUAAACUUUAUGUAUGAGGCCCCACCUGGAGCAAAGAAAGAGAGCAAAGAGCAAGAGGGAGAGACUGAGUACAAAUUUGAAUGGCAGAAGGUAGCACCACGUGAAAAAUAUGCUAAGGAUGACAUGAACAUUAGAGACCAGCCAUUUGGCAUCCAGGUGCGGAACGUGAGAUGCAUUAAAUGUCACAAGUGGGGCCAUGUGAACACAGACAGAGAAUGCCCUUUGUUUGGCCUCUCUGGAAUUAAUGCAAGCUCAGUUUCCAAUGAUGGCUCAGGGCCAUCAAUGCACCCCUCGGAGCUAAUAGCGGAGAUGAGAAACAGUGGGUUUGCACUGAAACAAAAUGUACUGGGGAGAAACUUGACCGCAAAUGAUCCAUCACAGGAAUUUGUUGCAAGUGAAGGAGAAGAUGACCCAGAAGUGGAAUUUUUGAAAUCCUUGACAACUAAGCAAAAACAAAAACUUUUGAGGAAACUGGAUCGCCUGGAGAAAAAGAAGAAGAAGAAGAAGAAAGAUAGAAAGAAGAAAAAGGAGCAGAAGAGAAAAGGCAAAAAUAAACACAGGAAACAUAAGAGCAGGUCCUCUUCUCCAUCCUCCAGUGAGUCUUCAGUAAGCAGCAGUGACAGUGACAGUGACAGCCAAGAUAAAGCAGCACAAAAGAAGAUGGAUUCUAAGGAAAGAAGAAAAGCCAAGUUUUCAGAGGCUAGCAGCAGUUAUGCUGAAGAGAAGGCAAAGACUAAGGGGAAACUUUAUGAAGAUCCCUCCAGCAGUCAUGGUAACAAGGACAAUGACAGAGAGAAGUGUAGACUUUUAAAGCAAGAUAGUUCUGGAGAGAACAACAAAUGGAGCUCCUCUGAGAGCAAAAGAAAACCCACAAGCAGAAAUGAUAACGAAGACAAGAGAGAAUCUGAGAGGUAUGGGAGAGGAAGCAGAAGCCAAAGCAAGGAGGAAUGGAGUGGGAGAGACGUUAACAGAAGGCACCGGACUCAUAGCCGGAGUGAAGAGCGGUGCAGGAAAAGUGAAACUAAAAGCCACAGCUCAGACAUAUGCAGAGAGCAACACAGAGAGAGCUACAGAGACAAAUACAGUAAAAUGGAGCAGAGAGAGAGAAACAGGAGCAGAGAGAGAAAAAAAUAGAUAACGUGGGUGGCAGAUGCAUUUUUUGUAUCUUUUUUUGAACUCCUUUAGUAAGGGUUGCUAAGACACACCUUUCUUUCUCAGACAUUGAUUGUUCUCAGGAAAAGUCAAUCUCUCAUUCCAAAUAGCCUUUUAUGUUUUUAUAUGUAUGUUGCAAACAUAAAUAGGCUUUGAAAUGAACAAAUUAUCAACAAAAUAAAUGUGUCUCCUAUUUGCGUUGCAAGCCAUGCGAUUUUAUUGUGGUGAGGGUAAGCAGAGGUUAUUUGGUAAAUCAAGUUGCUCCUUUUUUUAGAAAUUCAUGUGGAAAAAACUUGGCAAGCCUCUGUAGAAUUGGAGCUUUACUAAUAAAUAUUAUUUCUCCUUGCUUGUUAUUAGAUGUAAAUACUCUUGUGAGGGGCAGAAUAAGUGUUCCAGGUUAUAUUAAUGAUGCCAAUAGUAUCUGAUGGUUAAAAAUCACUUACAGACUGCAAAAUGCUUCAUUAUUUUUGAACUGAAGCAUUUUUAGAGGCCAAUUUCUUGAGUUCAAACAACAGAGCAACAUAGUUUCACAUAAGCUUGUAGCCAACAUUUUGACCUCCUGCAGAGUAUAACUUGGUCAAAGCUAUCUAAGCAUCUUGAGCCCCGUUGGUAUUUGUCACCACAGUAUCAAGUUAUUGUUCAAUAAUUUUCUCAAGACAUGGGAAGAAUAUUUACUGUCUUAAACUGUUCGUAGAUAUUGUGUGCUUGAGGAAUGUAAUGUCAGCUCCAAUCUUACCUUGUCAGUUUAUUUCUCAAGGGUUUGGGGAUUUUUUUUAACAAUUAGAUGUUAAGGGAUGAACUACAUUAAAUAAACUUUUGUUCCAAAAAAUUGA